AUGUUUGUUCUGCUUGCUUUUCUUUUGCCUUUCAUUGGAGCUGCAGAGGUACAGGCUGAUGUCUCUAAUGCUGUUCCUGGAACAACAUACAACAUCACAGUUUCUACAGUUUCUUCUUCAGUAUACAGCUCACCUGCAAGUAGAACAGUGACAACAAAUGUGACAAAUCCUGGACCCCCCAUGUUCCUAGCAGGUGAAAGAGUUGGCUCUGCUGGGAUUCUGCUAUCAUGGAAUGCACCCCUGCAUCCAAAUGGAAGAAUUCUCUCCUAUAUCGUUAAAUACAAGGAAGUCUGCCCAUGGAUGCAAGCAGCUUAUACCCAGGUGGCAACAAAGCCAGACAGUUUGGAAGUCCUUCUUACCAGUCUUAACCCUGGAACAACUUAUGAAAUUAUGGUUGCUGCUGAGAACAGUGCUGGUGUUGGAGUGUUCAGUGAUCCUUUUCUUUUUCAGACUGCAGAAAGUGCUCCAGGUAAAGUAGUGGAUCUCACAGUUGAAGCCUUAAAUUAUUCAGCUGUAAAUCUGACCUGGUUCCUUCCUCGGCAACCAAAUGGAAAGAUAACAAGCUUCAAGAUUGGUGUGAAACAUGCAAGAAGUGGAAUUGUAGUGAAAGAUGUCUUGGUGAAAGUAGAGGAUCUUCUGUCUGGGAGGUUACCAGAGUGUAAUGAUAAGAGUGAAUCAUUUCUGUGGAGCACUACCACUCCUUCAACAACUUUUGGCAAGUCCACGAUUCCUUCACAGGCUGCAAUUCCACCGACCACAGAGGCAUCAAGUCAAAUGAGCUCUGUAUGGAAUCAACCAAUUAGUUUUGUCAUAACUCACCUGAGGCCAUAUACCACCUAUCUUUUUGAGGUCUCUGCAGUUGCUACUGAAGCAGGCUACAUUGACAGUGCGAUCGUCCGAACACCAGAGUCUGUUCCAGAAGGUCCACCGCAAAAUUUUGCCACAAGCAACAUUACAGCAAAGUCUUUCUUAGCGAUGUGGGAGCCACCAGCCAUAGUGACAGGAAAGUUUAGUUACAGAGUUGAGCUGUAUGGACCAUCUGGUCACAUGCUGGAAAACAGUACAAAGGAUCCUAAGUUUGUGUUUAGCAGCCUGAUGCCUUUUACAGGGUAUCAGGUGUAUGUCAGUGCUGAGACAAGUGCUGGAGUUGGGCCAAAGACUAACCUGACAGUUUUCACUCCUCCAGAUGUGCCAGGUGCUGUAUCAGAUCUACAUCUAGCAGAAGUGGAAGACACACGUAUAAAAAUCGCAUGGAGAAAGCCACAGCAACCUAAUGGAAUAAUUACCCAGUACAGAGUUAAAGUGCUUGUGCAGGAAACAGAAGUGACUCUGGAAAACACAAUUCUUCGGGGGAAAAGAAAGGAUCAGAUUGAUUCCAUGGAACCAUACAUGAUAAACGAAAACAUCAAACCUUCUCCCAUCUGGAAUUCAGUGGAAACAGCCAGUGAAUUAUAUGAGGGUUCAGCUGAAAUGUUUCCCAGCCUUCAGACAACUUUCCCAGUAGUAUUUACAAGUGUAACUGCUGAGAAUUUGCCUGCUGUAAGUGGAGGUGCAAAAAUGCAUUCUGCUUUGGAAACUCAGUACACAAUUGACAUUUCAGCUGAAGAAGUGUCUUAUGUUAUAAACGGCCUCGCACCUUUCACAGACUACACAAUCAGUGUGUCGGCUUUCACUGCUGUUGGAGAAGGACUACCAUCAGUUCUUACAGUCAAGACACUUGAACAAGUCCCCAGCUCAGUACAGAAUAUAUCUUACAAGAACGUUAGUUCCUCCUCUGUUUUGCUGUAUUGGGACCCUCCAGCAAAUCCCAAUGGGAGAAUCAUUCACUACACUGUUUAUGCAAUGGAACUGGGUACAGAAAGAACAUUCCACACAACAACUUCAAAUACCAGCUUACUGAUGACAGGUUUAAAAAAAUACACAACUUACAAGAUGAGAGUGGCAGCCUCUACCAUAAUUGGAGAAAGUGCUUUGUCUGAAGAGAAUGAUGUUUUCAUAACGACCCCUGAAGAUGAACCAGACUCCCCACCUCAAAACUUAGAAUUAAUAAAUGUAACUGCAACAGAAAUAAAUCUAAGGUGGCUGCCUCCUGAGCAACCUAAUGGCCUCAUAACUCACUAUGAAGUUCUCUACAGUGAUUCAGAUGAUUUGUUUAUUAAAAAUGCCUCAUCUACAAGCAUAUCACUAAGGGAAGUGAAGCCAUAUACUCUCUACAACAUCUCUGUAAGAGCAUUCACCAGACUUGGCCAUGGCAAUCAGUCAUCUUCCCCACUUCUGGUGAGGACUUUGGAAACUGUUCCUGAUUCUGCCCCAGAAAACAUAACCUACAGGAACAUCUCAUCUGUGGAAAUUGAAUUGUCAUUUUUCCCACCACCCAUUCCCAAUGGAAUCAUACAGACAUACACAAUAUAUCUCAAGAGGACUAACAGAACUGAGCAAAGAGUCAUGAACACUACUCUUCUGACAGUGCGCAUUACAGAUUUAAAGAAGUACACCGCAUAUACGGCAGAAGUGUCUGCUAGUACUGCAGUGGGGGAGGGCCUCUGCAGCUCACCUCUGCAUAUCCUGACUGAUGAAGAUGUUCCCAGUUCUCCUCCAGAGUCCCUCUCCGUAAAACAGUUGUUGGGUGUCACUGUGAAGUUGUCAUGGAAACCUCCGCUGGAGCCAAAUGGAAUUAUCCUCUAUUACACAGUUUACAUCUGGAAUAAAAUGUCCAACAGGAGUAUUAAUGUCACAGAAACCUCGCUGCAGUUCACAGACCUGGAGUAUGACUCCGAGUACAGUGCUUACCUAACAGCGAGCACACGGUUUGGAGAUGGCAACAUAAGAAGUGAUACUGUCACGUUCAGAACUUCUGAGGGAGCACCAAGUGAUCCACCAAAAGAUUUUGUGUACAGAAACCUUACUUCCACAUCAAUAAUGCUCUUCUGGACUCCUCCUCAAAAGCCCAAUGGAAAUAUUCUGUACUACUCAGUUUAUUACAAAAACAGUUCAGGACUAUUCAUACAGAAUUUUACAAGUUAUGGUAACAGCAGCAAUGUCAGUGUGUCUCACUCUGCAGUUCUGGAUGACUUGGCUAAGUACAGCCAUUACACCCUAUGGCUAACUGCAAGCACAGCCUUUGGAGAUGGAAACAAAACCAGUGACCUAAUGGAUGUGUAUACAGAUCAGGAUAUUCCAGAUGGUUGUGUUGAAAAUUUGGUCUAUCAAAACAUUUCCUCAUCUUCUGUAAAUGUAAGCUGGCUUCCACCAUCCCAACCAAAUGGCUUAGUCUUCUUUCAUGUUUCUCUAAGUUUACUGCAACUGGGAACCAAUAAAAUCAAGUCUUUCCUUACCUACAACACGAGCAUCAUUCUUGACCAUCUGGAGAAGUACACUGACUAUAUCCUGAGAGUCACACCAGCCACUGAGAAGGGAUCUUCUGAGCUGCAUACUCGAAGUCUGCAUAUAAGAACAGAUGAAGAUGUCCCAGAAUCAGCACCUAUAAUCAGAACAUUUUCAAAUCUCUCAACUACCUCAGUUAUGCUCUCAUGGGACCCUCCUGCUAAGCCAUGUGGCAUUAUAAUAAGUUAUGAGUUAAAUUUAUUUGAGCCAAAAAGCAACAGCUCAUUCUCUACCACCAAUAAUUUUAUCAUCUUGGAAGACCUUCUGCCAUUCACAUUGCACAGCAUUUAUGCAGCUGCAAGAACAAUAAAAGGACUUGGGCCCUCUGCCAUGCUUCAGUUCUACACAGAUGAGUCAGUGCCAUUAGCUCCCCCGCAGAAUCUGACCAUUACCAACUACACUGCAGAUUCUGUGUGGUUAAAAUGGGAUCCAAGUCCCCAGCCAAACGGUGUGAUUAUGAGAUACAGUAUUAAGGUCUAUCAGAACAACACUGAAAAACUCUUUUAUCAGAACGUUUCAGGUUCAAGCCACGAGGCAAAUCUUGUUGGGUUAGAACCCUUCAGCCCCUAUUUCAUCAGCGUCUCCGCGUUUACCAAGCUUGGAAAUGGCAAUCAGUUCAGUAACCCUGUCCAGUUCACAACCAUGGAAUCAGUACCAGAAGCUGUCCAGAACGUUCAUUGUAUUGCAACAAGUUGGCAAUCCAUCCUAGUGCAGUGGGACCCUCCUGCUUCAUCCAACGGUGUCAUUACUCAUUACAUCACAACAAUUGAAGGAAAUGCUACGUUUCUCCCCUCAUAUGAUACAGUGCAGACUUUCAGAAAUCUCUUUUCCAACAUGACUUACCAGUUUAAAGUGAAAGCUGCAACCUCUGCUGGUGAUGGUGAAGAACAGAUAUGCAAUGCCAGCACGCUUCCAGAAAAAGUUCCUACUGCUCCCAGGGACAUUGUUUUUUCCAAUGUGCAAUCAACAAGUGUGACCUUGAACUGGAAGGCACCAAAAUCGAUCUUCGGAUACUUUCGAAACUACAAGAUUACCACGCAGCUAAUGUCCCCCCACUGCAGUGGCUGGGAAGUAAAGGAGUGCAUUGAAUAUGAGAUGCAUCAAUAUUUGUAUGAAAAUGUGGUGGAUGGCUGGAUAGAAGAGACAGUGCAUGGGCUGAAAAAAUACAGGUGGUACAGAUUUGCAGUUGCUGCCAGCACGAGCGUUGGCUACGGCAGUUCUUCACCUUGGAUUUCAACGCAAACACUUCCUGGCUCUCCAGAUGGUCCUCCAGAAAAUGUGAUUGUUUUGGCUACAUCUCCUCACAGUAUAAAUAUCAGCUGGAGUGAACCUGUCAUCAUUACUGGCCCGACAUGCUACCUCGUGGACAUUGCCUCAGUCGAUAAUGACAAUUAUAAAGCUCAAUUUCUGAAGACAAACGAUGAGAGCAAAGUCUUACAAGUUUCUGAGUUGAAGGCAUUUACCAGGUAUUCUGUAGUGAUCACUGCCUUUACAGGAGAUGUCAAUGCUGCACUCCUUGAAGGCAAGGCCAGUUCUCCAGUAAUUGUCUCCACUUUUGAAGCAGUGCCUGAGGACCCACCUAACAACAUAACUUUUCAGAAGAUACCAGAUGAAGUGACAAAGUUCCAAGUGACAUUUGUGCCACCCUCUGAAGCAAAUGGGAACAUUCAUGUGUACCAGGCUAUGGUUUACAGCGAAGAUGACCCUGCUGCCAUCCAGAUCCACAACCUCAGUGUUAUUGACAGAACGGAGCAGUCUGUCACUGCCAUGAUAGAAGGACUCAAAGGAGGAAAUACCUAUAAUGUCAGUGUGUAUGCAAUUAAUGGUGCAGGUGCAGGACCAAAAAUUCAGUUGAAAAUAACCAUGGAUAUCAAAGAACCACCACGGCCCAAAAAGAAACCAGCACCAGUAUAUGAUCCCAGUGGGGCACUGCUCGUCACAGCUACCACAAUUACAAUCAGAAUGCCAGUAUGUUAUUACAGUGAUGAUCAUGGCCCUAUCAAGAAGAUACAAGUUCUUGUUGUGGAAGCUGGAGCUCAACAUGAUGGGAACGUUACUAAGUGGUAUGAUGCCUACUUCAACAGACCAAGGCCAUAUUUCACAAAUGAAGGCUUUCCAAACCCACCAUGUAUGGAAGGAAAAGAAGAUCUGAGUGACAAAGAUGAGAUCUAUGUCAUAGGUGCUGAUACUACCUGUAUGAUACCAGGCAGUCAAGACAAAAUAUGUAAUGGCCCACUAAAGCCAAGGAAGCAGUACCUAUUUAAGUUCAGAGCAACGAACGUUAAAGGGCAGUUUACAGAUUCUGACUAUUCUGAUCCUGUCAAAACAUUAGGUGAAGAACCUCCAGGAAGAUCAGUAGAAGUUAUCCUUGCCGUUGCUUUGUGCAUGCUUUCAGUUGUUCUUUUGGUAGCAGCAGUAUAUGCUUUUGCCAGAAUUCGUCAAAAGCAGAAGGAGGGAGGCACAUACUCCCCACGAGAUGCUGAAAUUGUUGACACUAAGUUCAAACUGGAUCAGUUGAUCACAGUGGCAGACCUGGAGCUGAAGGAUGAGAGAUUUACACGGUUACUUAGUUAUAGAAAAUCCAUCAAGCCAGUAAGCAAGAAAUCCUUCCUACAACAUGUCGAAGAGCUUUGCACAAACAACAACCUAAAGUUUCAGGAGGAAUUUUCGGAACUUCCCAAGUUUCUUGAAGACCUUGCUUCAACUGAUGCUGAUCUGCCCUGGAACAAGUCUAAGAACCGUUUCCCAAACAUCAAGCCAUAUAACAACAACAGGGUGAAGCUGAUGCCUGAUGCUGGUAUUCCUGGGUCUGACUACAUCAAUGCCAGUUACGUGUCUGGUUAUCUAUGUCCAAAUGAGUUCAUUGCAACUCAGGGUCCAUUACCAGGAACAGUGGGUGAUUUCUGGAGAAUGGUGUGGGAGACAAGAGCAAAAACACUUGUGAUGCUCACACAGUGUUUUGAAAAAGGAAGGAUAAGAUGUCAUCAGUACUGGCCAGAAGAUAACAAACCAGUGACUGUGUUUGGGGAUAUAGUGAUUACCAAGUUGAUGGAAGAGAUUCAAAUAGACUGGACCAUCAGAGAUUUAAAAAUUGAAAGGCAUGGAGACUGCAUGAUGGUGAGGCAGUGUAACUUCACCUCGUGGCCAGAACACGGAGUGCCUGAAACUACUGCUCCAAUUAUCCAUUUUGUGAAGCUCAUCCGUGCCAGCCGAGCGCAUGAUAGUACACCCAUGGUGGUGCACUGCAGCGCUGGUGUCGGAAGAACAGGUGUUUAUAUCGCGCUCGACCACUUAACCCAACACGUGAAUGACCAUGAUUUUGUGGACAUCUAUGGACUUGUAGCUGAGCUAAGAAGUGAAAGGAUGUGUAUGGUACAGAAUCUGGCACAGUAUAUAUUUCUGCAUCAGUGUGUGUUGGAUCUAUUGACAAGCAAGGGAAGCAGUCAGCCCGUGUGCUUUGUGAAUUAUUCAGCACUGCAAAAGAUGGACUCUCUGGAUGCCAUGGAAGGUGAUGUGGAACUUGAAUGGGAAGAAACUACUAUGUAAAUAAAUAGCACAGACAAUGAGAUUUUGAAAAUCAAAGACAUAUUUUUUCUAAGCACAGGGGCCAAAGUGAAUUCCCCUAUUUUGGUGAUUAAAACACAGACAACUGAAAGAUCUUUUCUUCUAUCACUGUGUCUUCUCUUGGCCAUAUUGAUCACUUAACAGUAAUGAUUGCAUCUUUUCUUCUAUCACUGUGUCUUCUCUUGGCCAUAUUGAUCACUUAACAGUAAUGAUUGCAUCUUUUCUUCUAUCACUGUGUCUUCUCUUGGCCAUAUUGAUCACUUAACAGUAAUGAUUGCAUCUUUUCUUCUAUCACUGUGUCUUGGCACUAUUGAUCACUUAGCAGUAACGAUUAGGAGGACUUUUGCACCGACCACGCUUCUGGUGUUACAUAAACACUGCAUUUGGUAUGUCUUUAAGUACAAAGUGUGUUUGGACAUAUUCCCUUUGCCCAGUUACCUUUGUAAAAGAAGAACAAAAAUGAGCCAAAGAUGUAAAAAAAACACAUUCCCAUUGAACUUGUGUUGGAGUGACUUUGCUGUGGGCUUUGUGGUUUGGUUUUAAGUAAAAGCUACAGUUCCUUGAAUCAUUCUUGCUAGAUUGGUUUCGAUGUUGUCAGCCUCUGCAGAUGAAUUCCUGUACCAUCACGGUGACCUUUACCUAACUGCAUGUUCUUGUGUUUGGAAUCUCUUUUUUUUUAACGAGUGGCAGCACAUCAGCUCAUGAUCCUGAACAGCUGAAGAGUCACCUUCUGACACGGGGAGGAUUAUUCAGCUCUUGCACAGCACACAGUAGCUCUUUAGGGAUACUUGGGGCUAUUUAAGCUCUUUUAUAAUCAGGUGGUUGCUUUUUUUACAUGCACAAUGGUGAUUGCACAUGUUCAGUGCUGAAGAAAGUGGUUUACAUUCCUGCUCCUUUUCAAGCAGAUAAACUGAAGUGACACUAUAAAUUUGUUAUGCAUUACAGUGCAUGUUAGAUGGACUUGAGUAAUGGAAUGACUGUAAUUAACUCAUGUUUCUCUACUAUAACAAUGAUCAGUAGUGUGAAAGGUUGCUCAAAAUUUACUGACAAUGUAUUUCACAGGCAUAUAUAAAGAGUAUAAACUUUAACAUUUACUGACAAUGUAUUUCCUAUAUAUAUGUAUAAAGAGUAUAAACUUUUUUGCGCCUUUCUCAGGGUUGGCAAAGGGGAAGGAUUGAUUGUUAAGGGCUGUGGUUUUAUCCCUGUGUAAAGAAAUAGAUAAUUCUGAAUGAUACUAAAGCUGUGACCUUAAUCUGAGGUGCAAAACAUAAUGGCAAAGAGACUUUGGUGUUGCCAUCUUAUAAUCUGUUCAGACAGAAGAAAUCUAUAGCCUGGUUGAAGCAUCAAGCUCAAGCAAGUCAGAUGAAUCUCUUUUUAAAGCCUUGAAAGACACAGUUGUGUGCACACACUCUGAGCAGAAUACUACAUGGACAAAGCUUUCCACAGCCAUAGCCUGGGUGAAGCAUCAAGCUCAAGCAAGUCAGACAAGUCUCUUUAAAGCCUUGAAAGACACAUUUGUGUGCACACACUCUGAGCAGAAGAGUGCAUGGACAAAGCUUUCCAUCCCUGAGCUGUAAGUGCCAGACAGAAGACGCAGUACAGUGUGGAACCUGAUGCUGAUCCAUAAGCAAAUGACAAGUAGGUGUUUGGUGUCUUUGCAGAAGCUGGCAAGGAUGGUGCAGUGACUUAACCCUUUGUAACACAGUGCCAAGUGUCUAAGAUGGAAAUCAAGACAGCAGUUAAGGAGGUGGAAAUGAUCCAUAGAGAUAUUUUGGGCACUCUGUCUUUCAGAAGGACCGGCAGUAUUGUCACCAUCACCUGCCAUGUUAUAAAGAAAACAAUGCCUUUUAAAGCCGGAGAGAGGGAGGGAGAGGUGAUGCCCACAGCUGUUGGAGUCUCUGGCAAAGCAUUUGGUGCAGCUCUGGUUUCCUGGGGUUCCUAUGACACAUGUGUUCUUCAUUUAUUAGACAUGUUCUGUAAAGCAUGCUGACAAAUUGCUUCUAGGCACUUACAGAUGUUUUUCCUGAUUUGUGUUUGUACUUGGUAGCAGAACAUGUGAUAAAUUGACGUUAUAGAGUCAUAAUCUUGUAGCAUCUUAUCCCCACGCUGAUGGAAUUUCUGUCUGUGUGUCCUUCAGCCAAAGGAAGAAGCUAAGAAGCCUUCUGCAACUUGCAGAUGAACUCCAGAAGCUCCAACUGUGCUGAAGCAUUUUCUGGUUUGUAAAUCCUUAUCGAUGGGUCUUUAACAUCCUCCUUUCAGAGCCAUGCCUCUGGUCAAACACUGCACUUGCUUGGCAACUUGUUAAGAUACUAGAAAAUGUGACUCUCUUUCCUGUAGAGACAAAGUGACAAACUGGAAAGUAAUUCUAGCCUUCAAGGUAAAAGUCAAUAUUCAACAUGAA